GUUAUUAUCACUCAGUCGAUCUUUACCCUGCUUUCUUCUGUCCGUUUUCUUCUGUUUACCGUUUCAAACUGCAAAAUGUUUGUUAAAAACAUUGCUAAAACCUGCUACUCCGGCUUGAGAAAUGUCUCCGGGCGAGGACAAACACUCUCUGUUGCUACUACUAGACUGCAGCACAGUCAGACCCAGCAGCACAGUCAUCCUACAUCCUCCACACGCCCAGAGACCUCUGCAGCCAAGACCCUGAUGGACAUUGGCACGCGCAGGAUCUUCAAUGAGGACCAUGACAUGUUCAGAGAAAGUGUCCGGCGCUUCUUCCAAGAGGAGGUGGUGCCACACCACAAAGAGUGGGAGAAGGCAGGUCAGGUGAGUCGGGAGGUGUGGGAGAAGGCUGGGGAGCAAGGCCUGCUGGGAAUAAUGACACCAGAGAAGCACGGUGGCAUUGGAGGAGACCUGUUAUCCACCGUCAUCACGUGGGAGGAACAAAUGUACUGCAACUGCACAGGACCCGGUUUUGCCCUGCACUCCGACAUCGUCAUGCCCUACAUCUUAAACUACGGCUCCAAGGAGCAGAUUGAACGCUUCAUCCCCAAACUGAUGGCAGGAAAAUCCAUUGCUGCUAUUGCCAUGACAGAGCCAGGAGCAGGCAGUGAUCUACAAGGUGUGAGGACAAACGCCAAGAGGGACGGCAGCGACUGGAUCCUCAAUGGCAACAAGGUGUUCAUCACAAACGGUUGGAUGGCCGACCUGGUGGUGGUAGUGACCGUGACCAACCGCGAGGCCAAGACAGCUGCUCAUGGCAUCAGUCUGUUCCUGGUGGAGAACGGCAUGAAAGGCUUCCAGAAAGGACGCAAGUUGGAUAAGAUUGGUCUGAAGGCUCAGGACACAGCUGAACUGUUUUUUGAGGAUGUCCGGCUACCAGCUGAUGCCCUUUUAGGAGAACUCAACAAGGGUUUCUACUAUCUGAUGAAUGAACUACCUCAGGAACGUCUGAUGAUUGCUGACAUGGCAAUAGCGAGCUGCGAGUUCAUGUUUGAGGAAACCAGGAACUAUGUGUUGCAGAGGAAAGCUUUCGGCAAGACCAUCUCUCACCUACAGACUGUGCAGCACAAGCUGGCAGAGCUGAAGACUGAAAUCUGUGUGGGUCGAUCCUUCUUGGAUAACUGUCUUCAGCUCCACGCUGAGAAACGCCUAGAUCCCGCCACAGCCUCUAUGGCCAAGUUCUGGGCAUCUGACCUCCAGAACAAGGUGGCCACUCAGUGCCUGCAGCUCCAUGGAGGCUGGGGCUACAUGACGGAAUACCCCAUCGCCAGGGCAUUUGUAGACUCUCGUGUUCAGCCCAUCUAUGGAGGCACCAAUGAGAUCAUGAAAGAGCUCAUCGCCCGCACCAUUGUCAGCCAGAAGUGACAAAUUUGGAAGGUUUUAUGGUGGAGGAGCACUGGGGAGAGAGAGGUGGUUUGCACAUAAUAUGUGUUUGUUUCUUGGUUAAUGAUUUGUCUGGAAAAAACAGAAAAUUCCAAAUGUUCUCUUGGAUGGUCAUAAAAAGUCUAAGAAGGUACUGUACGCCCAAAUGUAUUUAAACCUGCAGUGCAUAACUUUUGUAAUUGUCAUUACAAAAACACAGGUGACAGGUGCUUAUGAUGUAUGACUCCUAGCUUCUCUAUUGACUCUACCUACUAUACUACUUGCUGUAAAACAGUGCAUACAGUUUUUUGAGUUUCACAACCUCUGCAAAAUGACUCAUGUCAUUAUGAGAAUUUGAUCCAUUCCGUCCAGUAACAUUUGGAAAAGUCUAGAAAAGCCGCACAACUGAAUCAUUUUAACCCCAUUCAAUUUAGUGGUGGUGAUAGGCUUGUUCAGCAUUGUGUGAACUCAUUUGGUAUACAUAUAUGGUGUUCAUUUUGACAUGCAUUUCUAUGUAAAAGUCCUGCACUGCAGCUUUAAAUUCCACUUGAAUUCUUCAAAUCAGGGUUGGUCGUUGCAAGUUGACAAAAAAUAAAAAAAAUAAACAGGGUUGUCCUUGAUUUUUAAGUGAUGCAUAUUACAGUAGGUUUAGAGGGUUGGCUUAUUAUUCUCGUCCAAAUAAAUAAGAACAAACACUGAUUGCCAGAGCAUUUCUGAACAUGGACUUUGUUAGUAAAAUAUGAGUUUUAUUUAACAACUUUAUUUUUAUAUGCCAUUUAACAGUCAUUGUAGUGUCCAUUGUAUUUAUACUUAAUUGAACAAUAACAGAUUGUAGGUAAAAAUGCACUUGGACAUGUUUUAUUUUUAUUAAUGAAACUGUGCUAUUCAUUGCUUGAAUGUGUGAAAAUAUCAAAGAGAUGAUUGUCAUUUAUUUAUCAGAUCCAUAUACCUUUUGUCAACACAAAGUAUCCUCACUGUCAUAUCUUGGUUGUUCAUUUUGAUUAAAUAAACACACAUUAUGUUUUAAUGCCCAGUUUUACCAUACUAUUGAG